GCUUUCAAUAUCCAUUUCAGUAAUAAACUGAAUUGAACGAAGCUGUUAUUGCAAAAGUAUCUUAUAAGGUGUUUAAAAUGUGGCUUUUGUGUGUUAUAAUAUUAAUUGGAAUUUGGUAUCUUCCAAUUUUAUAUCAACAUUUUCGUAAGGUUAAAAUAUUAACAGAUGAAUCUAAAGAAAGGAAUACAAAGACGUAUAAGCAAGCGCCGGGACCAUUUCCAUGGCCAGUCUUCGGCAACUUAAACUUAUUAGCAUCAUGCCAGACUCCUUCACAAACGUUUACGGAGCUUUCUAAGAAAUUUGGAGACAUAUACACUUUAACGCUUGGAUCCACAAAAUGCCUCGUCGUAAAUAACUUAGAGUUAAUUAGAGAGGUACUUGCUCAAAAUGGACAAUUUUUUGGAGGGCGACCAAAUUUCAUUAGAUACCACAAACUCUUCGGAGGAGACAGAAACAACUCUCUAGCCCUUUGCGAUUGGUCGCUACUUCAAAAAAGGAGGCGCAACCUUGCUAGGCGACAUUGUUCACCACGUGACACAUCUCCUUAUUUCGCAAAAAUGUCAGAAAUUGGUUGUUCGGAGAUAGAUAUACUUUUGAAGACACUUAUGACGUCAAUUACUGAUGGAAAGCCUACGUUGUUAAAGCAUUUUAUACAACGAGCCUGUGCCAAUAUGUUUUUUCAAUACAUGUGCUCAGUACGCUUCGAUUACAAGGAUAAUGAAUUUUGUGAAGUUGUUGGAUUUUUUGAUGAAAUAUUCUGGGAAAUAAAUCAAGGAUAUGCUGUUGACUUCUUACCUUGGCUAGCACCGUUAUACAAAAAGCAUAUGAACAGCUUAAUAAAUUGGUCCUCUAAAAUACGGAGUUUUAUAUUGAACCGUAUCAUAUAUAAAAGGGAAAAUAAUAAUGAACAACGACAAGACGAUUUCACGAGCGCUUUGCUUAAAAGUCUAAAUGAGGACAGCAAUGUUUCACGAGACACAAUAAUAUUUAUGCUAGAAGAUUUUAUUGGAGGUCACUCAGCUGUUGGAAAUUUAGUCAUGCUUAUUAUUAUGUAUUUGAUUAAGCAUCCAAAUGUUGCUAAAAAUAUUCAGCUAGAGGCAGAUUCUGUUUCUAAACCAAGUCAUAGGACAAUAAAUUUCUACGACAUGGAUAGUAUGCCUUACACCAUGGCUACUAUUUUCGAGGUUUUAAGAUGUUCCUCUUCUCCGAUUGUUCCACAUGUAGCAACUCAGGAUACUCUUAUAUCUGGUUACGGUGUAGCAAAGGGAACUAUUGUAUUUAUUAAUAAUCAUAACCUAAACCAUAACAAAUUGUAUUGGAAACAACCGGAAUGCUUUAUACCGGAAAGAUUUCUCAAAAAUACAUACGAAGAGCAGAAGUCCGUGCAAUCAAAAAGGAAGCUGAAUGAAUCAGAGGAGCGUGAAAACGAUAUUGCAGAAAAGAAUAUGAUAAUUAAGAAUACACAAAGUCGAGGUCUACAAAUAAGAAAAGGCAUUCCAUAUUUUUUACCAUUCAGUAUUGGCAAGAGAACGUGUAUUGGACAAAACUUAGUUCGUGGCUUCGGAUUUAUACUAGUUGCUAAUAUAUUAAGGCAUUUUAAUAUCAGUUACGAUAUGAACAGUGAAAUAGAAAUAAAUACCGGAAGCAUUGCACUUCCGACGAAACCAAUAUCCGUAUAUUUGAUAAAACGAAAAGAAAUCUUUUGAAUUUUUUUGCACUAUGUACAAAAAAGUGUUAAUUUGAAUACUUAUUAAACAUUUAUAAUUUGAGCUGAAUUAAUUAAACGGUUGAAAUCGAUAAACGUCAAAAAA